AUGCCUCAUCAGGCACACCUCGUCACGAUUCAGUGGAUGGAAGCUCUGCGUCGGAACUCUGAAAAAAAAAAAUUCGUUCGUGGUGGUGAUGCUGGUCCGGACCAUGUCCAGCACCUGAUGAUGGUGUCCUCCUCCUAUUACAUCCUGGCGGCCGUCGUCGUCGGCGUCGCCGCCGUGGCCUACACCUGGUGGCGCCUCGUCGGCCGCGCCGCCAUCCACCGCCGCGCCCACCGCAUCAUGAGCGACAUGCUCAGCGACGCCGGCGUCGUCACCGGCCGCGACGUCGUCGUCCACGACACCGGCGCCUUCGUCGAGUGGAUGCGCAACGGGUCCCUGGGCAUCGGGGAGACGUACAUGCGCCGGGACUGGGACACCCGCGAGAUGUCGCUCGACGAAGUGCUCUUCCGCCUCCUCAUGCUGCCGCGGGAAACGAAGCGACGGCUGUUCAAGUCGUGGUCCACUCGCUGGGUGGCGCUGGCGACGCGAGUGCUGAAUAUGCAAAGCGAGUCCCGGGCCAAAAUGGUGGCCGAUGCGCAUUACAACUUGGGCAACGAGUUUUUCAAGCUGUGGCUGGAUGCCAAUAUGCAGUACUCGUGCGCGUAUUGGAAAGGGGUGGAGACGCUGGACGAGGCCCAAGUGAACAAGAUGAGGCUGUUGGCGAGGAAGCUCAAGUUGGAGGAGAGGAAGGAUGCUGGGCUGGGUUCAUCAUCAUCAUCAUCAUCAUCACAGCCACUGGAGGUCUUGGACCUGGGCUGUGGCUGGGGGACAUUGGCCUGUUACUUGGCUGAGAAUUAUAACGUCAGGGUCACUGGGGUCAACAUCUCUGUGGAGCAGGGACCUAGUUUAGAUUCAUAUCAGCCACAAGAAAGAAUGGCAACAAGUGAAAUAAUUUCUUCAUGGAUCAGAAGUCUCUACAAUUUUUUGAACCCUGGGGCAAGAAUUCUUGGAGGAACUGAUGUGAUGAAGAAAUCCCAGGCCAAUUACAUGGUUGCCAUAGUUUAUAGGCCUGUGAAGGUGUUGAGAAAGUGGUUUGGGAUCCCAAUAUGCAGUGGCUCCCUCUUGUCAAGAUACUAUGUACUAACAGCCGCCUCCUGCUUCAGCUUCAUUGAAAAUGCUGACAUAAAUGUGAUGGCUCAUACUUUGAAGCCAUUUUGGAAGACCCCAGGCAGAGACAAUGUGGAUGUUCUCAACAAGACAUUUUACCCAGGCUAUGACUUCAAGGCAAACCCUGUGAAAGAUGACUUGGCUGUUGUAGGCAUAGAAGAUAGACUGCCUUACUUCAACCAAAACCUGAAUGCCAUAGCAUUGCCCACAACCUGCUGUGCUGGAGGCACUGAGGGGUGUUGCACAAAUUCUGCAACUGCUGAUUUCAGGAAUCAAGUCCUGAAAAGUGUUGGUUAUGGCUUGCAACAAAAUGUAACUUUGUCUGGACUGGUUUUUCAGAACAUGAUCUGCCUCACUCCAAACCCAGGGACUGGAAAUUGUCCAUUUGAUUAUGGAGGACCCAUCUUGAACACAAAAAAUGAGAUUGUUGGAGUUCUGACGCUUUUGGUGUCUUGCACGGAAUCUGACAAGAUCAGUCUUGGAAACGAAUUGUCAGGAGAUCACCUAAGCUGGGUCAAAUCGACAGCAAAUCAACCCCCGUCUAACGGACUUGAUUUGUGCAAGGGACAAGUCUUAGAUCGGGAGGGAAAACUGCUUGCAGAGCUGGUCUGUUUGGCGAAAAUCCCUUACAUGGGAGCAGGGGCAAGAAUUCUUGGAGGAACUGAUGUGGAAAAGCAGUACCAGGCAAAUUACAUGGUUGCCAUAGUUUAUAGGCCUGUGAGCAUUCUGAGAAAGUGGAUUGGAAUCCCAGUAUGCAGUGGCUCCCUCUUAUCAAGAUACUAUGUACUAACAGCUGCAUCCUGCUUCAGCCAAAUAAAAAAUGCUGACAUAAAUGUGAUGGCUUAUACUUUGAAGCCAUUUUGGAAGACUCCAGGCAGAGAAAUUCUGGAAAUUACCAACAAGACAUUUUACCCAGGUUAUGACAUUGAUGCAAGCGCUGUGAAAGAUGACUUGGCUGUUAUAGGCAUUGAAGAUUUACUGCCUACCUUCAAUGAUGACCUGAAUGCCAUAUCAUUGCCCACAACAUGUUGUUAUGGAGGGACUGAAGGUUGUUGCACAAAUUCAGCAACUGCUGAUUUCAGGGAUCAAGAACUGAAAAGUGUUGGAUAUGGUUUACAACAGAACGUUUCAUACACAGAACUAGACUUCUACGGAGGAUUGGCUUUGGUCAAACCAGUUAUAAAUCAAAGGCUGAGGACUUUGAGCCAGAAAGUGAACCUUACUGAUGCAGAAUGUGGUGUCAAGAUUUCAAACUUAACUGGAACCGACUUUGGAGCAUCAGCAGCCACUAUUUUUGGGACCAUGAUCUGUCUCACUCCAAACCCUGGGACAGGAAAUUGUCCAGCUGAUUUUGGAGGACCCAUCUUGAACUCAAAGAACCAGAUUGUUGGAGUUCUGACUGUUUUGGUGUCUUGCACGGAAUCUGACAGGGUCAACGUUGCAAACGAAUUGACAGGGAAUCACCUAAGCUGGGUCAAAUCAACUGCCAAACUGACAAAUGUGAUAGCAUCAACUCUGAAGCCAUUUUGGAAGACCCCAGGCAGAGACAUUCUGGAAAUUGUCAACAAGACAUUUUACCCAGGUUAUGAUUUCAAGGCAAACCCUGUGAAAGAUGACCUGGCUAUUCUUGCCAUCAAUGACAGAAGAAUGCCCAACUUUGACAAUAACUUGAAUGCUACACACUUGCCAACAUUUUGCUGUGCUGGAGGGACUGAGGGGUGCUGCACAAAUUCCGCCACUGCCAAUUUCAGGAAUCAAGUACUGAAAAGUGUUGGUUACGGCUUGCAACAGAACAUUACCUUUGCAGGACUAGGCAACAUAAUUUACAUUUAUUUUUCCACAGACUUCAAUGGGGCAUUAGCCUUGUUUGAACCACUGUCACAGCAAAGAUUGAGGACAAUUGACCAGAAAGUGGACCUUACUGAUGCAGAAUGUGGUGCCAAGAUUUCAAACAUCACUGGAACAGACUUUGGAGCAUCAGCAGCAACUAACCCUGAUCUGCCUCACUCCAAACCCAGGGACAGGAAAUUGUCCAACUUCAAUGGGGCAUUGGCCUUGUUCGAACCACUGUCACAGCAAAGAUUGAGGACAAUUGACCAGAAAGUGGACCUUACUGAUGCAGAAUGUGGUGCCAAGAUUUCAAACAUUACUGGAACAGACUUUGGAGCAUCAGCAGCCACUAACCCUGAUCUGCCUCACUCCAAACCCAGGGACAGGAAAUUGUCCAGACCCAUCUUGAACACAAAGAACCAGAUCGUUGGAGUUCUGACCAUUUUGGUGUCUUGCACAGAAUCUGACAAGAUUAGUCUUGGAAAUGAAUUGACUGGAGAACACUUGAGCUGGGUCAAAGCAACUGCGAAUCUGACAUAG